UGUGCUGGAGGGCACUGCCUGUCCCCUCUGCACCUGCCCUCUCGGCUCCAGCUGGCAGGCCUGGCAGGCAUGCCAGCAGUAGAACCCGAGUCUCUCUGGAAAGUCAGAGAUGAGACACCAGCCCCAGGGCUGGCCUGCAGGGUACUGCAAGCCCUUUCUCCUCCUCUGCUAGCCCCUCAGGGUCAGAGGAAGAAGAAAACCCCACUCUGGCUCUGCCCAGAGCUUGACCCAGCCCUGCAGCACUGACUCACUUUUACUGCUGUGAGAGGUUCCAACCACGGGUGACACAGGACAGCGGGUCCCGCCUGCCCUGCCACUCCGCUGCCCCUUCCCUCCCAGGGGCCCGCGGAGCUGCUGGUCUGGGAGUGCUUCCCUAGAGGUGGGCUGGAUCAAACACCUGCUUAUCUGGGUGCAGAGAUAGCUGGGCCGCACCUGCUUAGCUUAUGGGUGGAGGAGGACAAACUCCUCUGCUCUGACAUUCCAUGAGAAAGAACCAGAAAUGACCAGAGAUCAGUUCUUCCACCAUGAGCCCUCUUUCCAGUCCUCUGCCCCCUUGGUCCUCCGCCUGUUGCUCCACUGGACACCCAGGCACGCGAAGGAGACAGAUGACAUUGCCCUUGUUUCUUAGACAAGUUACGGAAUCAGGAGACCCAAGGUCACACCCUGGGCCACUCGUUCUCAUCCCACCACUCCCUAAUGUCACCUCUGCUUCGUAAAUGUCCUCAAGUUCUUGACUAUCUCAACACAAUUCAUCUGUGGACAUCUCAAGGACAGGGGCACGAACUCUUCUAUCUCCCCAUCCCCAGUGCGUUGGUGGCCCCUGAGGGCCCAGUGAAGUUCAGGGAGAUGGAGAGAGGGUCUUGUCCUGCCAGGGUCCCACCUGGUUCUGAGGCUGUAGGACGCACCUGCAACCCUGACCACCAGACUGGCUGAUCCGCAGGCUCCCAGCCUCAUUAGCUCUGUUCUGCGCACUUGGCUCAGUUCAAGUUCCUGCUCACGCGUCUGAGGCUGUGGGCCGACUCCCGGGGGGUCAUCCUGUGGAGAGACACUGUGUUCCUUGUCUGUGAACUCAAGUGUCGCAGCUAACCACUGGGCCGCAGGAGACUACCCUCCAAGACACACAGUUUUCUGGUUUCUCGUCUUCCUGAGGUCAGAACGUGGCAGAACCCCAGACUGUCCCUGCAGGACUGAGUCCCUGCUCGUGCCCGGAUGACCUCCUCCAGACUGGUGGCUUUAAGAUCCGUCUGUCUAUGCUGACUGCUCCCACAGAACGUGGAAUCCUCGGGGUGGAGACUCAAGGCGGAGUCCCCUCAGCUCAGCAGGAAUGAACGCUGACCAGCAAGGGAGGCUUGCGGAGCCUCGGUUAGUUCCUAGGUUCCAAGCCAGGCCAAGUGACGGCGGCACACGACAGGCGUGGACAGCCGGCUGAGGCUAGGAGAAACGAGGAGGAGGCCUCCCCUGGCAGAGGCCAGACAAGCAGAAGGACAGGUGGACCUGAGGGAGGCGCCCGCUGCAGGAGCACCUGAAGCAAGGUGGACAGGGAGCUGGUCAACACAGACGUUGCCCUGGGAAGGAGGGGACCAUGGGCAGAGGAAGGACCGAGGACACUUCCCCACCAAGACCUGGAGGCAUCCCCAGACGCCAGAGCAGGCUGCGCUCCCUGCUGCUGCGAAGGGCCCGUCCAGCAGGCCUGCUCACCCUCCUGCCCCUACCACCUCCACCGGAGGAGGUGCCACCCCCACAGCCUCCACCCCCACAGCCUCCCCCACCAUGCCUCCACACCCACAGCCUCCACCCCAUGCCCUCACCCCCACGGCCUCCAGCCCCACGGCCUCCAGCCCCAAGCCUCCACUCUCCGUGCCGUGCUCUGUGCACUUGGCCAUGCUGCAUCAGCUGGUCUGCCUCCAUGCUCAGGGACGUCGUUUUCCCACAUCUUGCCCCCAGCCACAUUGUCAGCUCCAGGGCACUGACGCCUGGAGCCAGGCAGUGGCCACACCUCACAGCCUCACAGUUGCCUUUGACCUGAUUCCCUGCCACUCCCCGCCUGCUCCCGGCUCUGUCACUCCCCACCCAUGGCUGGACUCCAAGCUGCAGGUGACCCUGGGUGUCCGGGUCAGACCUGCUGACCAGGGCAGGUGCAGCCCUGUCAGGACACCCAACGCAGAGUGCCACCUGGGCAGCCUCGGUGUGCCCGCAGCUCUCCCGGCCCCUGUCCAGACAGGGCUUGACCACUCCUCAGGGGCACCACGGGAUCAAAGGAGUUUGGAAAAUAAACAAAACCCAAAGUGGAACCAACGCCAGGUGCACCACCUGACUCAGAGAGCGCUGAAGACACGGCCUCCUGUGGGGCGGAUGAGCGGGUGUCCUGUCUGGAGACACGCGUCACAGCUGAGGGCACAGGGAUUCUGUCAGGAGCAAGAGGUUCCGGGAGGCCACCUGCACCCUGAGGAGGAUGCCCUCUUCUCUUCCUCCACUCGGCAACCAGGCAGAAGGAAGGACCGUCUCGGGGAUCUCCCUCCACCUCACGGAGACUUCCAGGAAGUCCCACCUGCCUGUCAGCGUCCUGAGCUCAACCCCAGGACACACCUAGCUACCAGGGUGCGCUCGCUAGUGUGCCGCACGGCCUCUGAGGCAGGGGCUCCCGGUCACGGCUCAUUUCACCCGGUGCUCAGGAUGCAGCAGGUCACUGUGGUCACCGCCCAGAAACUCCUUCUGAGGCUUCCUUGGCUCCGCCUCCCCAGCAGCCCUCAGCCCUGCAGCCGGGAGCAGGGACCCGACAGCAGCAGGCACUGCGAGGCGGCCGCCCGGCAUUUCCACGCCGCUGGGCGGGGCCUUGUCUGCUCGCAGCAGCGGCUCAGGCUCGCCCUGCUUCUGGCCCCUGGGAGCGGGAGGCGGGCGCAGGAGCGGCCACCAUGCGCUGGGUGCAUGCCGUGUCACCAGCUCACACAGGAGCACAGCUCAUCAGUGGAAGCCAUUGCCACCCACAGCCACAGCUAGGUCUGAACACACGCCUGAGUGGAAAAACCGAGCCACAGAAACACGUGCCUGGUGACGUCACCGACAGAGCAGGCAGAAGCUGCCAAACGCGGCGUGGGGAUACACUCCGAGAGUGAGACUGAGGGAAGCCCAGGGGGAGAAGUCCCCCGCUCAGUGGUCACCACCACCGGGCACCGGGGAGACCUGCGAGGGAGCUCCCGAGGCACUGACCGAGUUCAUUUCUUCUCCAGCUGGACAAUAGGUGCAUGUAUUCAUUUUGUCACUAGACUCUACACGUGUUCAGCACUUCCGUGUGUGUGCGCGCGCACGCGCUGGGGCUUGAGCCAGGGCCUCACAUGUGCUGGCCAAGGACGGUACCACAGAGCUACACCCCGUCCAAGCAUGGCCUCCUGUUAACACAAUGUUUAUCAUUUCAAUAA